UCGCCCCCCGCCCCCCCCCGCGCUCACUCGCACUCACACCCGGGCGCAGGAGGCGGGCGGCCCGGGCCCCACCAGCCCUCCAUGGACGCCCCCAGCACGGGGCGCUGAGACCCCGCGUCGCUGCCCAGCCUGGUCCAGCGCGCCACGCCGAGGACAUUUGGACAGGACAAGACUCUGAAACUACUCCCCCAGCCAAGCACCCCCCCACGGACCCAGCUUGCCCCCCAACCUUACCACCUGCCACUCCCUGGCCCCUCUCACCGCCCGCCCCCCUUGGGGCGCAGGGCAUGGUGUGAAAGGCCAAGUGCUGAGGCAGGCACCAUGGGUGCUGUGCCCUAGGGCCUGGGUGGCGGGGGGUGGGCGGCCUGUGGGUGUGUCGGGGGGGCCAGUGUGCCCACCCCAGUCUCUUGGCGUGCUGGAGGGCAUCCUGGAUGGAAUUGAAGUGAAUGGAACAGAAGCCAAGCAAGGUGGAGUGUGGGUCAGACCCAGAGGAGAACAGUGCCAGGUCACCAGAUGGAAAGCGAAAAAGAAAGAACGGCCAAUGUUCCCUGAAAACCAGCAUGUCAGGGUAUAUCCCUAGUUACCUGGACAAAGACGAGCAGUGUGUCGUGUGUGGGGACAAGGCAACCGGUUAUCACUACCGCUGCAUCACUUGUGAGGGCUGCAAGGGCUUCUUUCGCCGCACAAUCCAGAAGAACCUCCAUCCCACCUACUCCUGCAAAUAUGACAGCUGCUGUGUCAUCGACAAGAUCACCCGCAAUCAGUGCCAGCUGUGCCGCUUCAAGAAGUGCAUCGCCGUGGGCAUGGCCAUGGACUUGGUUCUAGAUGACUCGAAGCGGGUGGCCAAGCGCAAACUGAUUGAGCAGAACCGGGAGCGGCGACGGAAGGAGGAGAUGAUCCGAUCACUGCAGCAGCGACCAGAGCCCACUCCCGAAGAGUGGGAUCUGAUCCAUGUUGCCACGGAGGCCCAUCGUAGCACAAAUGCGCAGGGCAGCCAUUGGAAGCAGAGGCGGAAAUUCCUGCCGGAUGACAUUGGCCAGUCACCCAUCGUCUCCAUGCCAGAUGGAGACAAGGUGGACCUAGAGGCCUUCAGCGAGUUUACCAAGAUCAUCACCCCGGCCAUCACUCGUGUGGUGGACUUUGCCAAAAAACUGCCCAUGUUCUCCGAGCUGCCUUGCGAAGACCAGAUCAUCCUCCUGAAGGGGUGCUGCAUGGAGAUCAUGUCCCUACGGGCGGCUGUCCGCUAUGACCCUGAGAGUGACACCCUGACGCUGAGUGGGGAGAUGGCUGUCAAGCGGGAGCAGCUCAAGAAUGGCGGCCUGGGCGUAGUCUCCGACGCCAUCUUUGAAUUGGGCAAGUCACUCUCUGCCUUUAACCUGGAUGACACGGAAGUGGCUCUGCUGCAGGCUGUGCUGCUAAUGUCAACAGACCGCUCGGGCCUGCUGUGUGUGGACAAGAUCGAGAAGAGUCAGGAGGCGUACCUGCUGGCGUUCGAGCACUACGUCAACCACCGCAAACACAACAUUCCGCACUUCUGGCCCAAGCUGCUGAUGAAGGUGACUGACCUCCGCAUGAUCGGGGCCUGCCACGCCAGCCGCUUCCUCCACAUGAAAGUCGAGUGCCCCACCGAACUUUUCCCCCCUCUCUUCCUCGAGGUCUUUGAGGAUCAGGAAGUCUAAAGCCUCAGGCGGCCAGAGGGUGUGCGGAGCUGGUGGGGAGGAGCCUGGAGAGAAGGGGCAGAGCUGGGGGCUGAGGGAGACCCCCCACACCUCUUCUCUCCUCCCUCUCAUCCUCGGAUAGAUUCAGCUCCCACACACCCCUGCACUGCCCCGUCCCUCCUCAGAACCUCCAGCCCUGGGACAGGGCAAACCAAUGAACUUGCUAUGAAAAGGACAGUGUCAAGGCUGGGGGGCUGUGUCCUCUGAGAAGGUAGGGCAAGGGAGGGAGAGCUAAGAGAGGACAAGCCAUCUUGACCGUAGGGGACAGAGGAUUGUGGGGUGGGGGAAGAUACCCUCAACUCACCCCCUACACACACACAAGAGAGAGCCCCCUGCCCAGUUCCUUGGCCUAGGUUCCCCCUCCAGGCUAAGAGCCUCUCUGUUUCCCCAGAUGCCUGGGUGCAAAGGAAGGCUUGGCUUGGCUCCUUCCCUGGAAGUUAAAAAUUAUAGUCAUUCUAACUGCACUUUGGAAACCAGGCAAGGGGAGAAGAUAAAUGAAGAAAAACUAGACAGAAAAAGAAACAAAGAGAACGAGCAAUUGAUAGAGAGAUGAUAUUAAGUUAUUAACUGAGGCUGGCCAGAGGGGAGGACCCCCCUACCACCCCCAUGCACUUUGAGAACUGCCCCUCCUCCCCCCAAAUCAGAGAGAACUGCCCCCCACACCAGGUCCCAAGGGCAGGGCUGCCAAUCAGAGCUGUGAGUUAACACCACAGGGUCCUGGCCACCCCCUCUUGCCUUGCCCCUCCCUCUGUGCCCCUUUGGCACCCCCACCCCAGUACUCCUCUGCUCUCUGCCACUCGUGCCCGCUGAGUUCCAUCUACCUCUCACGCUGGAUGCCAGCUGGCCCCUCACCAGCCUGCCCUGCUGCCCGCACAGCUCCCCUUUCAGGUGCCCAGCCCCAGGGGCCUUCCCUGUCCCCUCCACUCCGUCUGCACCUUGGCACCCACACAGGAAAAACUGUGGCUCAGGCUCCCGCCCUCUUCACAUCCUGCAGUAUUAGCUACAAGCCAGAUGCUGCUGCACUGGGGGGCAGGGGGGGUGUGUGUGAGCCUCUCCCAGAGCCUCCGCCCCCUUAGGACCCUGUUUCCCAUCUGUCUCCUGGGCUCUCUCUAACCUCUGCCCUCCUCUUUUCCCACUCCCGCACAAUGCACUAACCCAGACUCUGGGUGGGCAGGCACCGGAAUGGGGGUGCUUAGAUAAAUGGCACUUAGCUGGGGCCCCAGGGGAAGGGGCGGUUGGUGCUCCUCCUUUUUUCUUUGAAGCUCUUUAGGCCAGCCGCCCUUCUGCCCUUGGGACCCCUUUCCCCUCUUCUUUUCUCUAAUUCAGGGACUUUGGCUUGAGCCACCCCCCACCCUCCUGGGGAGGAGUGCUCUGUGGGUCUGCAUGUGGGUGAGCUGCCCUCCUCUUCCUCCUCUUGACUGUUGCCCACUCCGCAGGGGAGAGAGGGAGAGAGGAGGUGGCCCUCCCGUGGGUG